CAACUCUGGUUGCAAUACUGAGAAAAACCGAUCAGUCCCACACCGCCGGGAACUGAAUUUCCGGUGAAUUUUCUACUGUCUCAAUCAUAAAUAUUCCCUACUCACAUCUAGUCACAAAAUUCAAAUUUCGUGUUAGAUUCAUCGGAGAAAGUAGUCCACCAUCGGACAAACUGGGAAAGGGGAGGGUCGCAUGAUGGGAUUUUGUAUAUGUCCGUUAGAGUCUCCGGCGAGAUUGUUGUGGAGUACUAGCUUCUUCCGCCACAAGAUCAUGAUUUUCUAAGAGAUAAUCACAUCGGUUGUAUACGAUAACGUAUAUACUUAAACUCUGGUCUAGGGUUUUUGAUUCUUCAGAAGUUGAUAUAUACAUACAUAUAUAGAGAAACCAUCGGAGAUCUCUAAUACUAUUAGUCACAGACAAAUCAAAGCUUUUCUAAUAUGGAAUCUGGUCGUCUUUUUUUCGGUUGCAAUAGCAGCAACAUGCUUUUCCUCGGGAACGGGAAUGGAGACAACUACUUUCGCGGAACGAGAAUGGGGUUCAACAUGGAAGAAUCUUCAAAGAAGAGGCCAUUUUUGAGCUCAAUCGAUGACAUGUUGGAAGAAGAAUACUACGACGAGCAAUUGACGGAAAAGAAGCGGCGUCUCAGCCCCGAACAGGUACACAUGCUGGAACAAAGUUUUGAGGAAGACAACAAGCUGGAGCCGGAGAGGAAAACAGAGCUGGCGAAGAAGCUUGGAUUACAGCCGAGACAGGUGGCUGUUUGGUUCCAGAACCGCCGUGCACGGUGGAAGACUAAGACGCUUGAAAGGGAUUACGAUCGCCUCAAAUCUUCUUACGAUAUCCUCACAUCCGACUUUGACUCCAUAGCCAAGGAAAACGAAAAGCUCAAGGCUGAGGUGGUUUCCUUGACUGAGAAGCUGCAGUCCAAGGAGGCGGCUAACAUUUCUAGGACCGGCGAAGACGCUGACACAGCCGCCGAGGAAGCUGGGCACAUUCCACCUCCGUCAGCCACCGUGAAAAUAGAGGACCACCUUAGUACAGGUAGUGGCGGCAGUGCGGUGGUUGAUGAUCUGGAUGGCCCACAGCUUGUGGACAGCGGUGAUUCAUAUUUCCCCGCGGAUGCAGACUACCCUCAUGAAUAUGCAGCUCCGGUGGAUCAGUCGGAGGAAGACGAUGGUAGUGACGAUGGCCGGAAUAACUUCUCAUAUCAGUUCGACCACCACCACCAUCAUGAGGAAGACGAUUCCCUCGGUUGGUGGGUUUGGUCUUAAUCCACCUCUCUAUAUAUAUAUAUAUAUAUAUAUAUAUAUAUAUAUAUAUAUAUAUAUAUAUAUAUAUAUAUAUAUAUAUAUAUAUAUAUAUAUAUAUAUAUAUAUAUAUAUAUAUAUAUAAUGAAUUUGUAGUAUUUGACUUGUUAUUAAAGUUGGUAAUUCUAUUUAAAAUUUAAAAAUGAGAACAAGUACAAUAAUGGAAUGAGUAUGACGUUUUUAUAUUAUUAUUAUUCAUAAGAAAAUGUUUAUUACUUGUUGUAUGAUGUCCCAAACAUGGUUAUGAAAUUUGAAUUGAAGUGUUUGACAAGAAUUAGCUUUGCUUUAUCGAGUCUAAUUAAUGCA